ACCAGUAAUAGCCAAUGAUCAAAUGACCUUGUCACUUCGAUACCGUACACAAAUUGGAGACGGCCGGAGAUGUAGGAUUUCAUAUAAUUUAACAAAAUGCAAAGAUAAAGGAAGAAGCUGACUUUCAAAAGAUAUCCUGGACUUCAAUAGUCAAUCCUCAGUGGAUCUGCUACACAUUUUGUUCUGAUUUUGGGGAGAAACAACCGUAAAAAUGUGGGCCUCCAAUGGGAGCUUUGUCGACAGAGAUGGAGAACAGGUGUACCCAAACAAGUUUGGAGGACCACAGCCCUUGCCUUCCAUUCCAUCCUCCCAGACACCCCAACCCAGCUUUGACAAUGCCCUGGUACCGGUGGGUGGGCGUCGCUCCCAGCUCUCCCAGCUCUCGCAGAUACCCAAUGGAGGACAGCUUGCCAUCGGAGACUAUCAGACUGGGAGACUGCAACAGAUGGAGAAUAGACUGGGGGUUGCAGAACAGUCGAACAGAGCCCUCCUGGAGGAGGUGGUCAGAUUACAAGGGGAACUAAAGCAAUCCCACAGGGCUUCAGAGGAGACGUUACAGGCCGAAAGACAAGCGAGACAACAGCUCACAGAAAACAUUCGGGCAUCCAACGAUCUGAUUGGCCAGCUCGGAGCUAGAUUAAAACGAGCGGAGGAACGAGUAUCGGAUGAAAGAACAGCGGUCGGUGCACUGGUAAACCAUACUAAGCAGGUCGAGCAAGCUGUACUGGGUAGUCAACAAGAGAUACUUGCGAAGAGGGAUCAACAAAUGACAAAGUAUGCUGAACUGAAGAAUGAAUUAGACGAAGCCAAUCGGAUGAGAGAGCAAUUAGAACGGGUGACUACAUCGUUAGUGGAUGAUGUUAGGCAGGUGAAGAGUAGAACGGAUGCUUCCCAGGUGGAGAUCAGUAGUCUGGUUCAUGACGUCAAGGAAAGAACGAAAAGAUUAGAAGAAGACAACAGGACAUUGAGGAUGGAUCAUCAAAGAAAACACAAUGAAAAUCAACAUCAUACCAAUCAAACCACAGCUGUAUUACGAUCUCAACUUGAUGCUCGGUUGGGUGAAGUACGGGAUGUUCUGAUGGAUUUGAGGAACAGAAUAACAACGGAAGAGACUGAAAGGAGACAACAAGAACAGAAUCAUGUGAUCAAAAUGAAUGAUUUACAAGCCCAGCUACAUGAAGUGAGCAGAAAAAGAGACGAAUCGAUGCACGCCUUGGAUGUGGUACAAAGAGAAAGAGAACACGCAGCAGACAACGAAAGGUUAAAGAUGCACGGCAAGAUAGCCGAGAUCGCAGAAGAAGUCAGUAAAAAGAUCUUAUCUAAAGAGAUACGACUCCGAGAGGAGGCACAACAGAAGUUCUCCAAUAUUGAAAAGUACCUUCAUGCAGAGCAAGCAGCCCGUAUAGCCCAUGAACAGGCAAUGAGAGAGGAGAACGAGAAGAGAUGGGCCGCUCUACAAAAACUCACUGAGGAAGAGGUGCUUCACGUCCGGGAAGGGCAGAAGCUUGAUAGGCAUAAGAACAUUGGUGGUAUGAAUAAGGUCAGUGAUACCAUGGAGAAGAUGGAGAGACAAGCAGCGGAAACAAGAAAACAACUGGAACAAGUCAUGAAGGCUGAAAUCAAAACAAGACAAAGCCAAGACAAGCAGAUCGAGGGUAAGAUCGAGGAUGUGCAAGAGAAGCUUGGCGUUGCUAUAUCAACCCUUCAGCAAGCCAUCGGAGGUAUCAAUGAGCAAGUAUCAUCUUCAUCUAAUGUGAGUCAAGAUAAGAUGUCGGCCGCCCUGGAGGAAGCCAAAUCCAGCCAGUUGAGAGCUGUGACUGAUCUAGAUGCGAGGUUAAGCACGUUACAGUCCAAGAUGGCCACACAAGAAGAGACUUUGGAAGACAGGAUUCUCGCUGCUGUUGAAGAAGCACUAGGUGAUCAGAGCCAAAAGGCAGCCAACCAGAUAAUAGAGGACCAUACUGAAAACCUGGAGAAGAUCAACGAUUGGCAGGACACUGCUGAUAAGAAGCUCAUCCAGGUGAAAGAGCGUAUGGAUGAACUCGGACCGGAGAUCAGGGAGAUGAACCGAACCAAUGAGACAUUGCAAGAAGAUAUGAAGGGACUUGUAGAUACAGAGGCCAAGGACAGAAUCCGAGAUGUCCAGAUGGUGCGCCAGGAGUUCACCACCAAGUACAGUCAGUUGCAGCAGCAGAUCGAGGCCGCCGCUCAGAAGGCUGCCCAGGGCGGUGGGGCACCCGCUGCCGCACCUAUCCCAAUCUCACAGAAAGAGAAGCUAGCCGCUGGCAAGGGAGGCAAGGUUGAUCCUGCUGCCUUGGAGAAGGUGGAAUUCCUGGAGGAAGAGCUUAAUAAGCAAAGGAGAAAAGUGGAAGAGGUCAAAGAGUCCAUGGCUAAAGUUGAGAGUAGUGUCCAGACAGUCAGGGUACAUCUGACAAGAAAGGUGGAUUCAGAGACGAAAUCGAACAAGGAUCGUUUGGACAAAAUGGACACUCGUCUGGCAGCGUUGGAAGGCAAGUCUGGCUUACCAGCCGGAGGUGGCACCUCGGCUGCACCCACAGCUGCGGCUAGCGCUGCUCCUGGCAGUGUGGCCCCAGAGGCUGGAGAUGGGGCACGGAGUGGACAGGGCGGCGGUGAGCAGAGUGGCGACGGUCCUGGUAAGGCUUCAGGGGCCAAAUCCCGACGACGUAGUCUACCACCCGGUGAACGUCGAUCAAGGGCACAGGGUUCUAAAUCGGGCGCAAAGUCCGGUGACGAAGGGGCGGACGAUGGCGGUCAACGGGAUGGUAGCAUCGAUAGAAGCCAGGAGAGAAGCGAAGCAGCACCGAGCCAGGCUACGGGUAGGUCUGGACCAUCUCGUGGUCGAGGUCGUGGACGAGGGCGUGGACGCGGCGGUAGCAAGGCAUCGUCACGCGCAGGUAAGACACCACGCGAUGAAGGAGACAAUGACAAUGCAAGUCGUGCCGGUGGUAGUCAAGCCCAAGGGGGUCGAGUUAGUCAGCAGCUGAGUGACCAUCCAUCCCUUCAGUCAGAGGCUCUAACCAUUGCUAAGACUCAGGAUGGCAACUAGAUCAUCUCCAUCUUACCUUUGCCUAUGGAUAUAUAUCAAGAUAAGGUGAUGAAAAUGAGAAAAGAAAUUGUAACAGUUAGAUACCAUUGAGCAUUUGCAUAUGUAAUGACUACUUGGCUCACAAAGAUAGGUCUAUUUUCCAAUUUCAAAUAUAUUUCAUUUCUUAGCCGUGAGAAACGACAUGGAUAAACAUCUGGAUAAGGUGAUGAAAAUGAGAAAAAGAAACUGUAUCAGGUGAAUUACAUUUGAGCAUUAGCAUAUAUGACUACUUGAUUCACAAAGAUUGGUCUAAUUUUCAAUCUCCCAUAUGUUUUCAUUUCCUAAUCUUGAGAAAUUACAUGGAGAUACAUCUAUAUAAGGUGACGAAAAUGAGAGAAGAAAUUGUAUCAGUUAAAUAACAUUGAGCAUUAGCAUAUGUAAUGACUACUUGAUUAAUAAAGAUUGGUCUUAUUUCCAAUUGCACAUAUAUUUUCAUUUCUUAAUCUUGAGAAAUUACAUGGAGAUACAUCUAUAUAAGGUGACGAAAAAUAACAUGAAAAAAUUGUAUCAGUUAAAUUACUUUGAGCAUUAGCAGAUGAAAUGACUACUUGAUUAAUACAAAAAAAGGUCUAUAUUCAACUUCAUAUGUAUUUUAUUUCUUAACCUUGAGAAACUACAUUUUUCACGUGUUUUUUUGGUCGCGCAUGGUAUUCACUUGUCAAUGUAUGUGCCCCCCCCCCCCGGAGUAUAAAGAGCCAAAUACAAUUAAUAUCUAAGUAGUGGUUGUCAAAAUGUUAAAAUGAAUUGAAUUUUAUUUGCCAAAUAUAAUUGUUCUAUACAUGUAAUGAUGAAGAUAACACCAUGGCUAUUGAUAGUAAUUAUUUCUUCACUGUCUGACUAUGAGCGAUCUUAUUGGAUAUUUUGAAAACAAAAAAAUUCCAUCAGUAAACUAAUAUUAGCUUUGCUUUUUACAUAAUAUAUCUAAAGUUGUAAAUAAAUAAUGAAUGUGUGAUCAAAAUUCUAUAUAGAGGCAAUAGUGUUGGAAUGAAAUGUAAAAAUGGAUUAUAUACAAAUAUACAAUGUACCAGGCUUUAAGUAAGUAUAGCGGGAAUUAUUCAUCUGAGGUUGCACUGGCAUGACUAUUUUUCCCAAGGGGCGAAGCCCCGAGGGAGGAAAAAUAGUGUUUUUGCCAGUACAACCGAGGAUUAAUAAUUCCCUCUAUACUUGCGAAAUAAAGGCCUGGUAUAUUUGUUUUAUAUCCUACUUUAAUUAAUUAUAGAAAUAGAUCUUGAUAAUCUAGUUCUUGUACUCUUAGAUCAUCCUUUUUUUAAUCUGAAUCAAACCAGCUGCGCUGACUGACCUACUUUUCCUGAAGCGCUUAUCUGCGUGCUCAGUGCGCGGAACGCGUAUUAGUGCUUGCGCCAUCAUGAUCUGUGACGUCAAUGAUGGAAUAGUCGACUAUUCCAUCAUUGACGUCACGGAAUAGCACUUUUUCUUUGGUGGGCAUUUCAUUUUCGACAUCAUCGCAAAAUAGUGAGAAUAUGUUUGAUCACAUGAUGCUAUUUAAACCAAUCAGCAUACAGGAUUUGAUUUAUGUAGGAUAUAAUUCCCUCUAUACUUUCGAAAUAAAGCCCUGGUAUAUUUAUUUUAUAUCCUACUUUAAUAACUUAGAGAAAUAGAUCUUGAUAAUCUAGUUCUUGUACUCAUAGUUCAUUCCUUUUUUAAUCUGAACCAAAUAUAGAUAGCCCACUGCACUGACUGACCUACAUGUACUUCUAUUGAAGCCAUGCACCCAGCGUGAUGAUUGCGUAUUAGUGUUUGCGCCGUCAUGAUCUGUGACGUCAAUGAUGGAAUCGUGCACUAUUCCAUCAUUGACGUCACGGAAUAAUAAAUUUUCUUCAGUGGGUGUUUCAUUUUCAACAUCAUCUCAUAAUAGUGAGAAUAUGUUAGGCCACAUCAUGCUAUUAAAACCAAUCAGUAAACAUUCAGGAUUUAAUUUAUGUGGGAUAUAAAUAGUUUUAUGUACAUCUUAAAGUAAUAGAUUUCUUCCACUUUCAUUUUACUAUAUCUGUGUGUUUAUUUCUCUUUUGAUCCUUAGAUUGUUCUUGAUAUUAGUUAUGUAUCUGAAAGCCUUGAAAUGCUGGUUUCCAAAAAAGAGCAAAGAUAGCAUGUGGUUUGUAUUUGUUCCUUGUAUAACUAAUAAUUCAAACAGUAUUUUUUUUUUCUUAAAUAGAAAAGUGAUUUCUUGAAUGAUACCGAGGCUAAAGUCAAAUACUGUCUAAUGUAUCAGUGUCAGUUUAGAAACUUAAAGGUCAAGUCCACCCUAGAAAAAUGUUGAUUUUAAAAAAUAGAGAAAAAUCAAUCUAGCAUAACACUGA